AGAGCGAAUCCACCUUCGAUUCAGAGCUCUUCAGGCGAAAAUAAAGAAGCAUAGAUAGAUAGAUACAGAGAGAGAUCCAACUCGCGCGAAGUGCGAAACUUCCCGUCUGAAAAAUUGGUCGAAACCCUCUCUUAUCAGGAACAAUGAUUAAGCUUUUUAAAGUGAAGGAAAAGCAGAGUGCUGAGAAUGCCAACGGAAGGCCACCCGUAAAGAAGCAAUCUGCGGGGGAACUGCGUCUGCAUAAAGAUAUCACUGAGCUGAACCUACCCAAAACAACUACCAUAUCAUUUCCCAAUGGCAAGGAUGACCUGAUGAACUUUGAGGUCACCAUUCGACCUGAUGAAGGAUAUUAUUUCGGUGGAACAUUUUUAUUUACUUUUCAAGUCUCCCCAAUUUACCCUCACGAGGCACCGAAGGUCAAGUGUAAGACUAAGGUCUACCAUCCUAAUAUUGACUUGGAAGGAAAUGUCUGCCUGAACAUUCUACGUGAGGAUUGGAAACCCGUCCUCAAUAUCAACACUAUCAUUUAUGGAUUGUAUCAUCUUUUCACGCAACCCAAUCAUGAGGAUCCCCUUAAUUAUGAUGCAGCCGCAGUUCUGAGGGAUAACCCGAAGAUGUUUGAAUCCAAUGUUAGAAGGGCGAUGUCGGGUGGCUAUGUGGGCCAAACUUUCUUCCCUAGGUGCAUGUAGCCUUUGUUGGUAUAACAAGUGACAAUGUGGUAAUAUUUUCAUGGUCAAGGGUCUUAAGGGUUGUAAAUUUGGUUGGAAGGGCGUCUUUUCUGUUGCUCUUUUGGUUUCUUCAGGAAAAAGAAGUUCAGAUCAGUCCGAAUGAAUCAGCGGGAAGGUGCUUGUAUGUUGCUGUAUUUUAAUGACUUGUUUAUGAUAUUGGCUUGGAAAGAUAUUUUUUUCUUCUUCUUCUUGUUUUUAUGUGGAACAGUGGUUGAACUUGGGAACUAUACUUGCCCUGGAAGCUACUUGCUUAAUGUCUUUC